AUGGCGGAGAGUGGCAACGGUCCCAGGGCCUGCAGCAUGCUGACCUGUACGUGUCCCCCCCCGCCCCGGGACACGGCGGAAGACGGGCAAAGGUUCAACUUCAAGGUGACGUCGUGGAACGUGGACGGUCUCAGGGCCUGGGUGAAGAAAGGAGGCCUGGAGGAGACCAAAUGUGGGGCCGAGUCGGUGCCAGAGGAGCUGCGGAGCCUCGGGGCCUUCCCUCACCAGCACAGCCCCAGCGACCGGCCCAGCUACAGCGGCGUGGGGCUGCUCAGCAGGACCAAACCCCUGGCUGUCACCUAUGGCAUGGGAGCCAUUAAAGCCACGAAAGUGACCCCGAGCUGGAUGCCGAGGGCCCGCGUGCUGACGGCCGAGUUCCCUGCCCUGCGCGUCGUCUGCGUCUACGUGCCCAACUCCGGGCAAGGUCUGGGCCGCCUGAGCUUCCGGCAGGCCUGGGAUGAGCGCUUCCGCUCCUUCGUGUCCCAGCUGGACCGGUCCAAACCGGUCGCCAUCUGCGGCGACCUCAACGUCGCCCACCAGCCCUUGGACCUGAGGAACCCGUCGGGGAACAAGAGGAGCCCCGGGUUCACGCGGGAGGAGAGGGAGGCGUUCGGGGAGCUGCUGGGGACGGGCUUCCUCGACAGCUUCCGGGUGUUUAACCCCUCGCUGCCCAACGCCUUCACCUUCUGGACCUACCUGAGCGGGGCCAGGGCCAGGAACAUCCGGCCGUCGGACGUUGGGCGGAAGGAUCCGAUCGCCUAA